AUGGCGGCAGGAGUGGCGGCGUGGCUCCCGUUCGCCCGCGCAGCGGCGAUAGGGUGGAUGCCGGUGGCGAGUGCGCCCAUGCCGGUGCCCCCGCAGGACAAGCGGAGGCCAAGGAACGGCCUGAUCGUGCUCAACGUCAGCGGCACAAAGUUUCAGACGUGGCGGGACACUCUGGAGCGCUACCCGGACACUCUGCUCGGCAGCACGGAGCGCGACUUCUUCUACCACGAGGAGGGCAACGAGUACUUUUUCGACCGCGACACGGACAUCUUCAGACACAUCCUCAAUUUCUACCGCACCGGCAAGCUCCACUACCCGCGCCACGAGUGCAUCUCUGCCUACGAGGAAGAGCUGGCCUUCUUCGGGAUCAUCCCGGAGAUCAUAGGGGACUGCUGCUAUGAAGAGUACAAAGACCGGCGGCGGGAGAACCAGGAGAGAAUACAGGACGACGAGGAGAGCGACCAAAACGAGAUGGUCCCAUCAGACAUGACCUUCCGGGAGUCCAUGUGGCGGGCUUUCGAGAACCCGCACACCAGCACCAUGGCCCUCGUCUUUUACUACGUCACCGGGUUCUUCAUCGCUGUGUCGGUCAUGGCAAACGUGGUGGAGACGGUGCCGUGCGGGACCGCGCCGAACCGGGUGAAGGAGGUUUCUUGCGGUGAGCGCUACGCCCUGGCCUUCUUCUGCCUGGACACGGCCUGCGUCAUGAUCACAGUGGAGUACCUGCUCCGGCUCAUUGCGGCUCCCAGCCGCUACAAGUUUGUCAAGAGCGUGAUGAGCAUCAUCGACGUGGUGGCCAUCAUGCCCUAUUACAUCGGCCUGGUCAUGACGGACAACGAGGACGUGAGCGGGGCCUUCGUCACCCUCCGGGUCUUCCGCGUCUUUCGGAUUUUCAAAUUCUCGCGGCACUCCGCCGGCCUGCGCAUCCUGGGCUACACGCUGAAGAGUUGCGCCUCGGAGCUGGGCUUCCUUUUUCUCCUCACCAUGGCCAUCAUCAUCUUCGCCACGGUCAUGUUUUACGCCGAGAAGGGCUCCUCGGCCAGCAAGUUCACCAGCAUCCCAGCGGCCUUCUGGUACACCAUCGUCACCAUGACAACACUUGGAUAUGGAGACAUGGUUCCUAAGACGAUCAUCGGGAAGAUCUUCGGCUCCAUCUGCUCCCUCAGCGGUGUGCUGGUCAUCGCUCUGCCCGUUCCGGUCAUCGUCUCCAACUUCAGCCGCAUCUACCACCAGAGCCAGCGCGCCGAGAAGAGACGUGCCCAAAAGAAAACCAGGCUUGCUAGAAUUGGUGCGGUGAAGAGCGGAGGGGCUCAUGCGUAUUUGCAGUACAAACACAACGGGCUCCUGAUCGACCCUGAUGAGGAGGCCUCCAAGGAAGCGGGCCAAGCGCUGGUGUGCAAAAGCAACCCCAAUUUUGAAGUGCACCAUCACCACCUUCUGCAUUGCCUAGAGAAGACCACGAACCACGAGUUUGUGGACGAGAAGACGUACGAGGCCAGCUGUAUGGAGGUGACCAUGGUGAAGCCGGCCUCCCGCUCCUCCUCCAUCUCCUCCUCCAUGUCCCACGGUCUCUCCUCCUGCUGCUCACGGAGGAAGAGGAAGAGCUUCAACGUGCCCAAUUCCAACAUGUCCGGCGGCCGGCACGGCAGCGUGCAGGAGCUCAGCACCAUCCAGAUCAGGGAGAGACCCCAGUGCAACAGUCGUUCCAGUUUGAACGCUAAAUUUGAGGAGACGGUCCCGCUGAACUGUGACCAGCGCUACAUCACAGCUGCCGUCAUCAGCAUGCCCACCCCGCCGGUCACUACACCAGAGGGCGAUGAGUCAGCCAGUUCGACCGACUACUCCCAGGCCAACAUCGUCAGGGUGUCCGCCCUCUAG